UGUAAGGCAACUGACGGUUAUGGUCAGCCCUGACACAGCUCCCAAGAGGGUAGGGAGCUGACGUCUCUUCUGGCUCCGGCGGACUCUGUAUGAAAUCGUCUGACAUCAGCAUCCUCCCACCCGGGCUAGAGGUGAGAGGCCCCUCUUUGGAACAAGAUCUGGGAAAUACAAUCCAUUCUCAAGCCUCAACUUAGUUGGAGCUUGAGAGACUGAGAGCCUCCUGUACAUCAGCCUUGCAUAGAAGUAUUUUGACCUUGGCAUUUGGACAGCUCCCCUCUCCCCCAUGGCCCUGACAAUGCUGAAUGAACUCCUCAUUGAGGACCCAAGCCCACCUAUGCUGCUGUACCAGGUUAGCAAGACUGCCAAAUUAGAUACCCUCAACUAUCAGAGCUACUUUAUGCAAGGCAUCUUUGCCCAUUUCCCUGAGAUCUUAUUUAUCCACCGGACCUAUAACCCAACAGGCAAGGUGUUAUAUACCUUCCUGGUGGACGGCCCUCGGGUGCAGCUGGAGGGUCAUCUUGCCCGGGCAGUCUACUUUGCCAUUCCUGCCAAGGAGGAUGCUGAAGGCCUGACCCAGAUGUUCCAGGUGUUCAAGAAGUUUAACCCAGCCUGGGAGAGAGUCUGUACUAUCCUGGUGGAUCCCUACUUCCUCCCUCUGCCUACCCUAGCAAUGGAGUUCCCUGCAGCUGAGGUCCUGCUCUCAGCCUUCCACAUCUGUAAGUUCCUCCAGGGCAAGUUCUAUCAACUUUCCCUCCAACCGCCUGUGGAGCAGGUGCUCCUGACCUCCCUGCAGAGCACAAUGUGCUCGGCCACCGCUGGAAACCUAAGGAAGUUGUAUACACUCUUGAGCAACUGCAUCCCCCCGGACCAGCUGCCCAAGCUCCAUUCGUACUGGCUGCUCAAUGACCGCAUCUGGCUGGCCCACCGUUGGAGAAGCCGAGCCGAGAGCAGCCGCUACUUCCAGGGCCUGGAGGUCACCACGCGCAUCCUCAGCCAGUUCUUUGGCACCACCCCAUCUGUGGAACAAGGCAUGACCUCCCUGCUCCGAUACAUGCAGCAGAACUCUGGAGACAAGGCAAGCUUCAGCCUGGGUCUGAGUACCCAGAGCAAUCAUGCCUCCUCGGAUGUCAGCCCCCAAGGCCCCAAAGUAGAACAGUUGGUGGAAGCCUGCAUCCAGCACUCUCUUCAUACUAUCUGCACGGGGCCAGCAGCCCAACUCUGCCUGGGUGAGCUUGCCGUGGUCCAGAAAUCCGUGCAACUCAUUGGCUCUGGCUCAGAAAAGGUGAACAUACAGAUCCUGGAAGACACCCAUAGAGUGCAGCCCCAGCCCCCUGCCAGCUGCAGCUGUUACUUUAACCAGGCCUUCCACCUGCCCUGCCGCCACAUCCUAGCCAUGCUCAGUGCCCGCUGCCAGGUGCUCCAGUCUGAUAUGCUGCUGCCUCAGUGGACGGCAGGCUGUGCUGCUAGUCUAGACGACAUCCUGUGCAGCAAGUGGAAUGAGACCCUGGAUAAGCACUUGGCUGUGGCUCUCCUCACUGAGGAGGUGGGUCAGCUCUUGCAACACUGCAGCCAGGAGGAGUUUGAACGGCGGUACAGCACCCUGCGGGAACUGGCUGACAGCUGGAUCGGCCCUUAUGAGCAGGUCCAACUGUGAUUACCCUUGGUGCCGAGAGAUGCUCAUACACAGGUACACACUCACAUCCUCCCCUACACACACACUCACACUGUUGUAUUUCCAUGGACCCUGCUAC